GACAUAUCCCUGACAUGACAUCUUCAUGUUGGAUAUUAAGUCUAGUCCAAAAAAUUCUUUCUUCUUAGCUCCAUUGUUCAUAAUUCUUCCUUUAAAGAAAUGAAAAUGAAAAAAACGGUGCUAGGAAAGAGAGAAAGACUUUGGUUUCUCACAUGAAAAAGCCUUGUUUCUCCUUGUUAGAACUUAAAAGCCACCACCCUAAAUUCAUAUUGUAGUUUCUAUCCUUUUUCUAAAAGCAAGUUGCGAAUUUCAACUGCAAAAAGGAUCAAAAGCUUCAAAGAAAUGGCUUGAUUUCCCAUCUGGGUUUUUCUUAUUCCUUUCUAAGCGCAAUAAAGCGCAAUCAUUUUAUCACUUAUUCUACAUUUAAGCAUGGUUUUUUUCAUACUUAAAAUAUCUUCACUUCUCCGAAGAAACAACCCAAUGCCAUCUUUUAAUUCUCAAAAUCUAUUCCUUUAUCAUUCAACUAGCAAUAAAGUGGAAGAACUUGCUUCGUUAGUGGAGAACUGUAAAGAUAUUGCUUCCUUGAGAAAGCUCCAUGCUUGUGUUUUAACUCAUGGGCUUUGUCAAAGUACUUUUCUAGGCUCGAAGCUUGUAACUUGCUAUCCAAAGUUUGGAUUUUUAGCUGAAUCAAGACGGAUUUUUGAUAGAAUUAUCAAUAAUAAUCUCUUUCUUUGGAAUUCAGUCCUUGUUGGGUAUUUUAGAAGUGGUCAAUAUAAUGAAGUUCUUAGGCUGUAUUUGAAUUUGAAGCAAAAAAAGAUUGGUUUAAAUACUUCAGCUGUUACUUUUGUUUUGAAAAGUUGUGUUGAAAUGGGCAAUUUUGAAUUUGGGAAAGGAGUUCAUCUUGAUGCUUUUAAGUUUGGGUUAAGUAAAGAUGGAUUUGUGGGGUCUUCACUUAUAGGAUUAUAUUCAAAGUAUGAAGAUAUGGAUGGUGCUUCCAAAGUGUUUGAUGAAAUAGCUGAAAAAGAUGUUGUUGUUUACACUGCAAUGAUAACUGGAUAUGCACAAGUUGGCGGUCAGCUCGCCUAUGAGGCUUUUGAAUUUGCUUGCCGCAUGCAGGAGGAAGAGAUUGAUCCCAACAAGGUGACAAUGGUGAGUUUGUUGCAGGCAGCAGCAGAGUUGGAAGCAUUGAAAGAAGGCAGGUCGAUCCAUGGAUAUGCUAUUAGAAGAGGGAUUGGUUGUUUGGAUGAAGUAUUUGAGACAAGUCUCAUGGACAUGUAUAUUAAAUGCAGGGUACCAACAAUGGCUGCAUGCAUUUUUGAAAGAAUGAAGAUAAGAACAAUUUGUUCUUGGAAUGCUAUGAUAACUGGAUAUCUUCAUAUGGGGCUGCCCUUGGAAGCUUUGGGACAUUUUUGUACGAUGGUACAAGAAAAUGUUUUUCCAGAUUUGAUUAGCUUAGCCAAUGGGAUUUUCUGUUGUGCUGAUUUGAAUUAUUUGAGAGAAGGCAAGAGUAUUCAUGGUCACAUUAUUCGGAUAGGUUACCAGCUUGAUCUAGUAGCGACUACUGCUUUGGUCGAUAUGUACUCCAAGUGCCACAAUUUGAUCCAAGCUAGGAAAUUAUUUGAUGUAAUGGAGACAAGAGAUGUAAUUUCGUACAAUGUCAUGAUAGCAGGUUAUAUUCAAAAUGAAUUUACUUCUGAUGCCUUGAACAUUUUUACUGAAAUGGUUGGAAUUGGUAUUAAACCAAACCUAGGUUCGAUCCUGAGUGUACUUUCUGCAUUGUCAGAGCUGAAGAAUGUAAGAGGAGGAAGGAGUGUUCAUGGUUACAUACUGAGACAUUUGUUUCAUAUGAAUACUGAAGUUGCCAAUCAAAUUGUCUACAUGUAUGCAAGAUGCGGUUGUAUUUAUGAUUCAAGGCAAGUCUUUGACCGGAUAAGAUAUAAGGACUUGAUUUCAUCGACUUCAAUGAUGAUGGGCUAUAUCUACCAUGGGCAUGCUGAUGAAGCCAUCAUAUUGUUCUGGAUGAUGAAAAAAGAAAGACUAGACCAUGAUUCUGUCACUCUGAUAAGUUUACUCCAGGCAUUCUCACAGCUUGGACAUCUAAGUCUAGCAAAGGAAGUUCACUGUCAUUUAUAUCGAGCUCUAAUGGAAAGAGACACGCUAUUAAUAAAUUCCCUGAUAACUACUUAUGCCAAGUUGGGAAAGUUAAAUAUGGCCAGAAAUCUAUUUGAGUGCACCACUAGAAGGUGUCUAACAUCAUGGAACACGAUGAUUGCUGCGUAUGGGAUGCAUGGGAACUUCAUAGAAGUUCUCAGACUAUUUGAUCGAAUGAAAAGGGAGAUGAUCAAACCCAAUGACAUAACCUUUACAUCAAUACUUACUGCUUGCAGUCAUUCCGGCUUGGUGAAAGAGGGUCUGCAAGUAUUUAACUGCAUGAGAGAAGAAUAUUGUAUAAGUCCCUCUGAAGAGCAUUAUGCAUGCAUUGUGGAUUUAUUAGGCCGAGCAGGACGCCUCGAAGAAGCAUAUGAUUUGCUUAAAUUGCUGCCUGCUAGACAAAGUGCGUUUGCAAUGGGUGCUCUGCUUGCUGCUUGCAGAACGCAUGGAAAUACAGAACUGGGGGAGGUUAUAGGAAAUUGCCUUUUGGAUUUAGAACCUGAGAACGCAAGUGUAUAUAAUUCAGUAUCAAAUUUAUAUGCAGAAAGUGGAAAAUGGGAUGAAGCAGCCAGAACAAGGAACAUGGCGAAGAAGAAGGGUUUGAAGAAGGCUGCAGGAUAUAGUCUGAUUGAACUAAAUCAGGGAGCAUUGAACUAUUCCAAGGUAAAAAAGCAAGAGCUGAGGGAGUGAUAAUCAGUAACAGAAAGAAUUCUAUUGUCUGUAAUCUAGUUACAUUGAGUGCUCUAUUUCCCCCACACAAAAAAAAAAAAAAAAAGAUGCUAAAGAUUUUCAAUAAUGAUUUUUCUUCACAGUCCUUGAACCAAGUUUCUUUUGUAGACAUUCCUUUGAAGUUUGAAUGCUAUAUAUCAGUAUAAUAGUAGUCUGCAAACCGAUUUUUGAGAGACUACUGGUAACAGUAUCACAGCAACAAACAACAUUUGGUUCAAUAAAAUUUCCUUGCAUGA